CGACUGGCGAGGGCAGACAGACAAAUUUAUGAAGCAUAUUCUGUCUGUCCGGCCCGUCUGACAAGCGUCGUGCGAGGACGGCUCUCUGGUUGGUCGUUGCGUUCGAUGGACGAAGCGCACUCGAGAGAGAAAGCAUGAGCAAUUUUACCAGCUGCAAUUUUACCAGUCUGGGCAGCCGGGGACGGGGGGAUGGGGGCGAAGAGCGAGUACGGGUGACGUUGGAGUAGAAUCGACGGGCUGGUCCUCGCGCUGGCGGAGGGGUGCAGCACAGCCGUUGCGCGGGGGCUUGGGGGUGAUGACGUCGAGGCGAGAUUGGGCCAGUUAUGCGCUGGGCGUACGUGCAGAGGACCGGGGAAUCCAAAUCGAGUCCCGGCAGUUUUCGUAUCCGAGCAUUUAUAAUACUAAUCGGAAAGACUUCUUGGCACAGCGAUGGACGGCUGCGCUUUGGACAUCUCGCGAAUCUGCCCAUCUUUCCUGACGAUGUAUUGAAUCUCCGAAUAACUUGGCCAUUUGCAGAAGGAUUCGAAUGCUCAGUCGGUCACUCGCCGGCUGUCGUAGCUACCUAUCGAGGGAUCCAACUGAAUUUUAUUCGGUUGGAUCGGAGCGAUAGAGCUGGCCCAGGGGGCGCAGAAAGUUGACGAGUCAGACGCUUCUGCACUUUCGAGGUUAUAGCAAUUACCCAUAUUUCAACGGAGCCAGAUACACGUUUCCUCCUCCUCCCUCGAAUUGAGCUCCUGAGUCCAUGCCUAGCUUCCUCUCACAUAUGAAAGCUAGGAGCUACGUAUGGCUGUACUUUAUGAGUAUAAAUUUCGAACUUAAAAUAUGUGAUGGCAAAGGCGGCACCUUGAAGUGGUCCUAACCUUGGACCGUCUCAUUCAUGCACGGCAUGGACCAGAAGUGUUCGCCAAAUUGCAAAAGCUUUUCAGUUACCAAGUCUCAGUCACUACUCCAGACAUAUUUUAAUCUGAUCGAUGUCUAUAUGAGCCCUUCCUUUGAGCUGUCUCCGACACACAUGGAAAUUUCGGUGGGCACAUUCUAAGUUGUGAAUCUAUCAUCUUCGAAAUCCAGGAAGGAUCUUUCGUGACUUGCUCGAAAAUAGGGUUUAAUUCAUGACGAAGGAAACACAGGAUUCGGAAGAAGGAACAAUGGAACCGCCGGUAGAUCAGCUCGCCGGACUGGAGAAAGCAUCGUUGCUGCAGGAGAGACGGCGAGACUUCACUGAUCCCAGGAAAAAGGCACGCGGAUAUCAACUGGAGGUGCUGGACAGAGCCUUGGAAGAGAAUACUAUAAUAUUUUUAGAAACCGGAUGCGGGAAAACCUUAAUAGCUGUGCUACUUAUAGAUGCUCUGAGCCAUCUUAUACGCAAGCCCAGUCUCAAAAUUGCUGUUUUCCUGGCUCCAAAUAGAGCUUUAGUUGAUCAGCAAGCCAAAGAAAUUGAAGAGCACACGAAUCUGCGGGUUGGCAAGUAUUGGGGAUCCAUAGAAGGUGAUACCUGGAAUUACACGUGGUGGAGGAAACAGAUUGUUAAUUUUGAGGUUAUUGUCAUGACUCCGCAGAUUCUUUUUAACAACCUGCACCACUGUUUCUUCACAAUGGCAAUGAUAGAGCUGCUUAUAUUUGACGAGUGCCAUCAUGCCCAAAAGAACCAUCCCUAUGCAAACAUUAUGCGGGACUUUUAUCAUAGUCAGAGAGCACAUCGGCCCAAAAUUUUCGGAAUGACAGCUUCACCGAUUAUUGGAAAAGUUGACAGAGGUGGAGCGCAGCCGAUCGGCCUUCAAAUGAACAAGUUGGAAAGUAUGCUGGACUCUACGGUAUACACUCUGAAAGAUCGUGUUGAGUUGGAAGGAUUACUACCAAAUCCUGUCGAGCAGAUUCGACAAUAUGAGCCCCUAUACAAAAGUGACUAUGUGGAAAGCUUUGCUAAAGUGCUGCGAGAACUCAAAGACAAGUUCUUAAAACCAGAAGAAAAACGGGUCAACCCGAAGGAUGCCCUUGUGUACAAGAAGCAGAUGGAGGAAGUGGGAGGAGCAUACAGAAGCUUGGAGUACUGCAUAUAUGAAUUUGGACCCUGGUGCACUAAAAAAGCAGCUGAGUUAUUGAUCGAAAAGGAUGCUCAUUACAUUGAACCUGGAGUUGCCAAUCCGAAGCAAGCAUUUGUGCAGGAGGCGCUCUCCGCCAUCAAGACGAUCAUUUCUAAAGAGGAGAGUGAAGACCCACUAUCUCCAUAUUCAACAGGAUUGUCAACCAGAUUGUUGUCUUCGAAGCUGCUGUGUCUUAUACGAAUCCUUCUCGAUUUCCGGGUCAAUUUUCAAAAGGGCAUAAUAUUUGUAGAGAGAGUGGUUGCUACAAAGGUUCUCUCAAGUCUCAUCAGCCAUCUUCCACGUUUGUCCUUCUUGCGGUGCCUUCCGUUAGUGGGAUCGCAGUUUAUGACGCAAAAAUCUCAGCAGCACACAAUUGAGAAGUUUCGAUCAGGAGAGGUAAAUCUGUUGGUUGCGACAAAUAUUGCAGAAGAAGGUCUUGACAUCCAAAGCUGUUUUUUGGUUAUUCGUUUUGAUGCUCCAAAUACAAAUAGAAGCUUCAUUCAAUCCCGAGGCCGUGCUCGAAAGCAGGGCUCCAACUAUGUUGUUCUUGUGGAAAGAGGAAAUCAGGAGCAUUUGGAUAACGUGCGCGAUCUGAAGGAGAACGAGAAAUUGAUGUGGGAGGCUGCAGAGUACCGAGAGAUGCCAGUUAAAAUGGAACCGGGAAAUGUUGACGUUGAAUUUUAUAGGGUGGAAAGCACUGGUGCGAUAGUUACUACCGAGUAUAGUGUACCUUUACUGAAUCGCUACUGUUCAAAGCUGCCUGGGGAUCAGUUUUAUCGUCCUAAACCAGAAUUCCCUGUCUACUUCCUUCCUGGAGGAGUAGUCUGUGAAGUCAGGCUUCCAUCUACUGCACCCGUGCAACUUGUGAGAGGUCAUGUUUGCUCCACUAUAAAGAUGGCGAGAAGAGUUGCUGCCUUGGAGUGCUGUAAGAAACUUCAUGAGUUGGGGGCCCUGUCAGAUUAUCUUCUGCCUGCUUCUGAUCUGAAACAAAGUGAAUUGGACGAAAGUGACGAUCCAACAAAACCAACUCUAAAAGCAGACACGAUGGAGCUGCACCCAACUUUGAUACCGAAAGCCCUACGAGGUCAGUGGGGUGACCUAUCAAGUAAGGUUCGCUUGUUUGCAUAUGACUUCCACAUACUUGCUGAGCCUCAAGACAGGGAAUAUGCAGACUACGCUCUAUUUCUUGAAUUCGACCUUGAUGAGGACACCAAGGCUACUGUAACUGAGCUGCACCUGACGAAAGGGCGAGUUGCUAAGGUUCAGCUUGUCCCAACAGGGCAAGUUGAGUUUGAUGUCAAAGAGUUAAAAGUUGCUCAACUUUACCAAGAGCGUAUCUUCAGCAUAAUGUUGGACCGAAAUACGGAACACAAGUUGCCUCUGCCAACUCCAGCAUAUUGGGACCCUCGGAGACUUUAUCUUUUGCUUCCAGUGGUGCCUGGUGCCUCGACUUCCUCAUCUGUGGACUGGACGUCGAUGUAUGAUGUUCUAUCGGACACCUGUUUCAACGUUUCUGCAUCAGGUCCAGAUCUUGACACCCAGAAGCAUAUUGAGGUAAAACCGGACGGAUGGGACUGUAGGUCUCCAUCAAAAUCAUGCGGUUUUUUUCAGAUGUCCGAUGGACGAGUACCUGUUGAGGCAGUUGUGAAUUCUUUGGUUGAGACAGUCUACAAUGGGAACCUGUACUGUGUGGUGGAUGUGUUGUGGGACAUGAAUGGUACGAGUCAAUUUGAGUGCAAUCCCUCUCAAGCUGGCUCGUACAUCGACUACAUCGACUACUUCAAGAAGCGGUACAAGCUGGAUCUAGUUCAUCAGAAGCAACCGCUGCUUAAGGCUAAACCUCUCAUGCGUAUACACAAUUUAAUAGUAAAGCGGCCAGAUAAGGAACCAGGGUCAGCUUCAAAAGCGGAAGUCCUUGUUGAGCUUCCGCCAGAACUUUGCAGCGUGAAAGUGUUUGGGUUCCCUGCUAAGACUGUGAACACUCUGUCCUUGGUUCCUUCCUUCAUGCAUAGACUUGAAUACAUGUUCAUUUCAACGGAGCUACAGCAGAAACUGAAGGAUGCGUUCAGGGAGGCAUCAAAGGUUUCCCCCAAGAUGGUUCUUCAAGCAAUUACUACUGCAACGUGCCUCGAAACUUUCAGUUUGGAAAGGUUGGAGCUUUUCGGAGAUUCAUUUCUCAAGUUCGCUGUUAGCAAACAGCUCUUUCUGGUCUAUGAGCAAUUACAAGAAGGUCAGCUUACGAGUUUGCGUCAGCAAGUUAUCUGUAAUUCCUUUUUACACAAGCUGGGCGUCAAAAACGGAUUGCCGCAUUAUAUACAUGAUGAACUCUUCCAACCACGUGAUUGGGCAGCACCUGGUCGGCAAUGCCGUAUAAUAUGUAACGCAGAAAAUUGUGCUGCCAUACAUGCCUUACAUGAUGCUACCGAGACGUCGAAAGUCAAUCAGAUUAAGUGCAGUGAAGGACACCGCUGGGUUCAAAAGAAAACUGUUGCUGACGUUGUGGAGGCAUUUAUUGGUGCACACUUAGUAGAUGGCGGCCCUGGCGCUGCUCUUGCUUUCAUGCACUGGCUGGGGAUCGAAGUUGACUUCGAUCCCGAUCUGGUAUCACAAGCUAGUGCUCGAUGUGCUGGAGAUGUUCGCGUCAUUCAGGCGGUCGACUUGAGCAAGUUGGAAGGUGUCCUGGGAUAUACUUUCCAAAAUAAAGCUGUUAUGGUAGAGGCCCUCACUCAUUCCUCGUACGACAGACCGUUGGACAAAUGUUAUCAGAGGUUGGAAUUUCUCGGAGACGCUGUUCUGGACUACUUAAUUACAUCUCACCUGUACGAGACUUUCCCUGAUCUUCCUCCUGGGCUUCUCACUGACCUGAGAUCAGCUACAGCAAGCAAUGAAUGUUUUGCCCGUGUCGCUGUUCGAAAUAAUUUACAACAUUAUCUUCUUCACAAUUCAUCCUACCUUGAAGAGCACGUGAGAAAGUUUGUUACGUUUAUCGACAAUGUUUCUCAAGGAAGAGAGCCGUUUUAUGGAUGGGAGUGUGAUAAGGGUCCUAAGGUGCUUGGAGAUCUAGUAGAGUCUCUGGCUGGUGCAGUUCUGGUUGAUACAGGAUUCAAUCUAAAAAAAGUAUGGGAGGUGUUUGAACCUCUACUUCAACCUAUCGUGACUCCAGGCACUCUACACUUGCACCCUGUCCGUGAACUGGUGGAACUGUGUAACAGGGAGAAGUUUGAACUGCUUUGCGAGACUUCAACACGAGGGAAGCUCAGUUUAGUGAAGUUCACGGUGAUGACUGGAAAAAAUUUCAUAGAACGAGAGGCUGCCAAGAGCGACAAGAAGAGUGCGAAAUGUCUCGCAGCGUAUGAGACACUUGAGAAGCUCAAGAUUCUUGGUUGGGAACAUCCAUAUCGUACUUUGACGAUGACUUUAGUUUCUCAAGGUCAUAUUGGGCCUCGUAAAGCAGCUCUAGAAGGGAGUCCUGUACCAGAAUUUACCCGAAGCAGCAAUCGGAUGGAUCACCCAAGUGGAGUUCAACCUACCGACUGUGAAUAUAGAAGCACAACGGAGCCCAAUAUUCGAUCAAGCGCCGGCAUUGCGGAGUUUUUGAAAAUAGCUGAGAGAAACAGUCAGGUCUCCGAGAAGUUAGAGAAAGAAAUAUGUGGCAAAGUGUCAUUCUUCGCUGAUGCCAUCAGGCCUGAUCCUUCAUACUCACCCGAUACCGAAGAUUUCAGUUACUGCUCAAAUGCUAUAGAGGUAUUGGCCUACGGAGAAGAGGAUGAUACAGCUGGAAAUUUUGAAGGCGAACUUUCGUUAUGGACAUCGUCUGCCAGUCUUGGGCAGGUAGACUCUUUCGAAAUGUCUAGCCGGCAAACAUCGGGAAUAACCGAUCUCCAAUUAUCUCAUAGCAGCAAGCUUGGCAGCAGACAAGGCAACGCUUUGCCGGAAAGCAUCACGAAUGGUUUUGGGGACGACCAAGGUUUUUAUUUUGAGGAAAUAACUUCUACGGAGUCCAAAGACAACAGUAUUGUUUGUACAUCAGAUCAAGAAGAUCAAUUUAUCGCCGAGGUUUAUAAAUGCACAGAUGGGGACAUUGUAGUGCCGAUGUCUAGAACUCAAAAAUCUAGAUCUCUACAAGAUUUUGAUGUGUGGCAGUGUCCAAUCAGUACGGAUAAAAAGCGGCAACCUUCCGUGGAUAUCUCAGGCUCGACACCCCCGCUUUCCUCUGAGUUAAUAAUGAGAAAAUUGACUGAGGAGAAUUCUUCACAUAAUGCUGCAACAAGUCAUGCUAAGGACUACAUGUCCGUAGAUGCACAAGAUAUGAGUGAUACCCAUACAUUCAGCCUCGCUGGAAAGACACGAUUUGAAGAUUUUAUAUCUCGACUUGAACGAACUAGUCACCAUCGUGCACAGUUUCCGGAAUCAUCACUUCCGAAAGCAUCUGAAGGACCUGUUUUUGGAGGUCCUUCUUUCUCAAAGAACAACCACUCUCUGCCAGAUCUCAACAAUCCAUCGUCCAGAUCCUGCGGCUCAAUCCCAUCAGAACUUCCACCUCUAGCAAGAAUUUACGACGAGUAUGUUGGCCGACCAAGAGAAGAGCUUCAUAAUAUCUGUGCGAAAAACAAAUGGGAGAUGCCAGUCUAUGCGCCAUGUGAUGUGAAAGGACCACCUCAUGCUCCAAGGUUUACGUACAUCGUGCGCGUGAAAUUUCACGAUCGCUUGUCAGAAUACGAAAUUGAAUGCGAGGGAGAAGCUAUGGGAGAUACCAAGCGAGCGAUGGAUUCAGCUGCAUCACAAGCUAUUGCAUAUCUCCAACAAGAGGUCCUAGGAAGAAUCUAGCCAUAAGAAAUUGUCAGUGAGAAGUGCUAGUCCUGUAUGGAUCGAAAGCAGAGUCAUCCGCAUUUUUCAACCGUAAUCCAUCUUGCACCACCGAACCUGACGCAUUUAUCCAUGUGAAAUAUGUGGUGCCACUACUCCCGCGACCGCACAAUGAAAACCGUGAUAAACAAUACCAUCCGUUGAUAUUGCUGAGAAUCAAAUGUCGUAGUCUGUAAAGUAUCAGAAUUUCGUUUGUUUUUCUGAAGGCAGUUAUUCCAAUGAGCGUCUAGUGUUCAUUGGGGUAUGUGCAAUGCCUUACUAGGAUGAAAUUAUUUUGAUAGAAGAGCUCGAGCCCCUCUAUAAAUGUAUUUUGAUAAAGAAUUUGGAAGUUGAGGUUAAGAUAUAUAAUUUGCAGGUGAUGUCUUUUACCACCGGAGAUCUCUCCUGAACUUGUCAUAGCUUCCUCACCUUCAAUGUAACUGAGAUUGAUUCUCUGCGAUGUCAUGAGGGCAGAAGAAUCAAAUAAGCAUUAGAUUUGGAAACAAGUUACCACUCCAAUCUAUGUACAACCCCACAAAUACAUCGAUAGAACGCGCCAAUUAUUGGAUAUGUAGUACGUCCACCAUACUGCGUGUAUAUUUUCCAACAAUUUUCCGGUUCUAUCGAUAGAUGGGUCUUUAUCUAAUGCCAA